AUGCAAGGCCUGGAACCUGGGUCAGUUCUCGAUUCAAAUCUAGGGCUCUUUCCACGCUGCCUGCCAAGGAGCUCCUCUAGGGAGGCAAAGAGGAAAAGCGGCAAUAUUGGAAGCAGGGGGGUGGGGACAGACACCCCUGACCACCGAGUGAGAGGCAAAAGCGAAAAUCUGGUCCAGAGGCGGGAGAAGCCAAAGCGCAGACGGGCGCAGCCGGGGAGGCGCAGCGCGGGUGACAGCUGUCCCAGGGUAGUCGGCGUGGACGCGCGCCCCGCGGGUGCGGGCGGGGUACGUCAGCCUGGAACCCUGGCGUCCCCCAAUCCCCGGGUCAGUGUCAACUCGGGGCACCGUAGAAACGGCCGACCAGCAGGGUGCAGUGGCAGGGCUAAACGGGACCCAGGUCGCCCUCGCGGCCGCGCACCUGUGUGCGCCAGGAGUUGCGAGAGUCGAAGGCGGGGCCCAGCCUUAGGGACAGUGGCAGCGCCGGCGCCUGAGGUCUGCGGCCAUCUGACAGGCCGAAAGCAGACGGCUGGACUAUGGGGGCGCAGAGACCCCGGUGACCACAAGGGGAAGAUCCAGGCCCAGGUCCUGACCCCAACCCCAACCAGGGCCCAACUUCGCCUACUCACCAGGAGCCAAGCGCCGCGAGCCCGCUCAAUCCCCGCGACUGCGGCAGCCGCUCCGGUUAACAACACUCCCCACCCCCUGCGAACCGGAACUUCGAGGGUAAGACACCUCACUUCCGGCGGCGCGGGGCGCGGCGAGGACCGUACCAAGUGUCUCCACAGAUCAUUCCUUCCGACUCCGUGGUGCCCCACCCCUGUUCCCUAUGAGAUGAGUGAUGACCAAGACUCUGCCAGUGUGCCUGUGGUUAUCACCCAGGUGAAGCUGGGGGACUGCAGCUGGCAAGGUGGGGACAAUGGGUUGCUCCAUGCCUGCCAGGACCAGGAGCUCCAGACCUUCCUCCACCUUCUGGAGGACAGUUUUUUCCAGAGUUUCCUCUCCAAAGACCCCUGCUUCCACAUUUCAGAUAAGUACUUCCUGGCCGCGGUGUUGGUCUACUUCCAGCACAUCUGCCUGCCACUUGGCCAGUACAGCAGCCUGUUCUUGGCACUAUGUGUGGCGGGGUUCCUUGCAAAUGACAUGAAGGAAGACUUGGAGGAACCCAAAUGUGAGAUUUUAUCAUGGGGCCUGGGAGAAGCUUGGUGUUCCCGGGUGGGCAGGUCCCUGCAUCAGAGGGACACCCUGUGGGCAUGGAUGGGCUUUCUGGCUGCCAUGAGCCACUGGUGCUGUGAGGAGGCCAUGGCCAAAGAGCUGACCCACUGGGCCUGGACAUGGGAGCAGUGCCUCCACCAUGGUGGUGUUCAGAGGGGCUUCCCUCAAGUCUCUGACCCCUUCUCCUGGGGCCCCAGCCACUCACACCCAUACUGUGCCCUAUGUGGCUUGCCCCAGCACCGUAACCACCACCCCCUGCCUGUGUCAUCUACAUGUCCUUCCCUGCCAAAAUUUCCUGUCAGUGCUCAAGAGCCCCUGGGGGCAGGGGUGGUGAUGGAGGACUUCCUCAUUGUCCUGCCCUCCUAGAUGCAACUGGAGCCAGGUACUACACCUUCCUCAGUGAGUUGGGGACAGGAGCCGGGGGUUGGCCUGGCAGCCAGGAGGCAGAAGUGGGAUGGG